CAGAAUACUGAGUGGUGCUCUCUCUCUCUCUCUCUCUCUCUCUUUCUCUCACACACACACACUCUCUCUCACUGUGUGAGUGCAGGAAAAUGGCAGAGGCCAGUAUUUCAGUGGAUCAGGAUCAGUUUAUUUGUCCAGUGUGUCUGGAUCUCCUGAAGGAUCCAGUAGGUACUCCCUGUGGACACUGUUUUUGUAAGGUGUGUAUUAAUGGCUUCUGGGACCAGGAGGAUCUGAAGGGCAUCUACAGCUGCCCCCAGUGUAGAGAGACUUUCAUUCCAAGGCCUGUUCUACGCAGGAACAACAUGCUGGCUGAAGUGGUGGAGAAUCUGAAGGAGACUGAACACCAAGCUGUUUCUCCUGCUCACUGUUACGCUGGACCUGGAGAUGUGGAGUGUGAUUCCUGCAUUGGAAGAAAGCACAAAGCUCUCAAGUCCUGUCUGGUGUGUCUGGCCUCCUACUGUGAAGAUCAUCUUCAACCUCACUAUCAGUCUCCUGCCUUUAAGAAGCACAAGUUAGUGGAAGCCUGUGCAGAGCUCCAAGAGAAGAUCUGCUCUCAACACGACAAACUGAUCGAGAUCUACUGUCGUACUGACCAAAGCUUCAUCUGUUAUCUGUGUACGAUGUUUGAGCACAAAGGCCACGAUACUGUUGUAGCUGAAGCAGAAAGAAAUGAAAAACAAAAUGAGCUAAAAGAGGAGCAGAUGAAAUCCCAGCAGAGGAUCCAGGAGAAACAGAAGAAGGUGCAGGAGAUGAAACAGACUGUGGACACUAUUAAGAAGCGUUCACAGGCAGCAGUAGAUGACACUGAGAGGAUCUUUACUGAGCUGAUCAGCUCCAUGGAGAAAAGGCGCUCGGAGGUGAAGAAGCUGAUCAGAGCUCAGGAGGAAGCUGAACUGAGUCGAGCUGAACGACUCCUGGAGCAACUGGAGCAGGAGAUUGCUGAUCAUAAGAGGAGAGUCACUGAGCUGGAGCAGCUUUCACACACACACAAUCACAUCCACUUCCUCCAGAGUUUCCCGUCUCUCUGUGUUUCUCCUGGAUGUGAGGACUCACCCAGCAUCACUGUCAAUCAACAUCUCUCAUUUGAUGGAGUGAGGAAAUCUCUCUCAGAUCUGAAAAAACGAGUUGAGGAAAUAUAUCAAGAGGAAAUUAACAAAAUUGUACUACACGAUUUCUCGUAUCUGACUCUGGAUCCCAACACAGUACAUCGCAAACUCAUCCUGUCCGAGAACAACAGAGCAGUGACACACAGGAAGAAAAAACAGAAAUACUCUGAUCAUCCAGAGAGAUUUGACCACUGGGUUCAGGUGUUGUGUAAGGAGAGUGUGUGUGGACGCUGUUACUGGGAGGUGGAGUGGAGCGGUGAGGAUGUGUACAUAUCAGUCUCAUAUAAAGAGAUCAGCAGGAAAGGAGGGAGUAUCGAGUGUGUGUUUGGACGCAACAGUCAGUCCUGGAGUCUGCGCUGUUCUUCUUCCUCUGUCUCUUUCCGGCACAAUGACAUUCAGACUGAGCUCCAAGGUCCAGCGUCCUCCAGAAUAGGAGUGUUUGUGGAUCACAGUGCAGGAACUCUGUCUUUCUACAACAUCUCUGACACGAUGAGGCUCCUCCACAGAGUCCACACCACAUUCACUCAGCCUCUGUACGCUGGGUUCUGGAUAUGGAGUUACGACUCAACUGUGAGGUUAUGCGAUCCAAAGUUAAAUGUAAAUGAAAGUGAUGAGGAAUCAGAUUAAAUUCUUCCUAAGCUAUGAUGACACUUUUGUGUCCCAAAAUGAACAAGCCAAUGAAUAAUAAUAAUAAUAAUAAUAAUAAUAAUAAUAAUAAUUAGUGGUAGUAGUAGUAGUAGAAGAUAUAUUAUUAUUCGAAUAUUAUUACAGAUUGUAGGAAUUACAUAAAUAAGUUCUUAAUUGAGAAUGUUUGUAGAAAAAAAAAUGUUAACAAACAGAUUAUUUAACUUAUUUUCUGUCCUGAUAAGUGAGAGUCUUAACUGUCAGAACUGUUUAAUAGAAAUAACAUGACUUAAAUGAUGUGACAUCAAAUAAAAGUGGGUUCAGUCAUUAUCAAACAGGAAGUAGACAAAAUGACAUACUGCAUGCUUUGGCUAGUUUUUUAAUAAGGAUAUAAAAUGGUUAAGACUAAUAUAUUCCACAUAAUUAUGAUGGAUAUAUACAUAGGAUGUACUGCUGUAAUAAAAUAAUAAUAAAAGUGAGUUAAAAUCAUGUACAUAUGUUUAUCAUUUA